UUUCCGACGUUUCCGAGUUUCCGUUUCGUCCAUUUUCUGUUCGGUCUUUGGAUAAUCCGUUUAUUGAGUGCUUAGAAGGACGCCGUUCUUAAUUUAUAUUUUUCAUAAGCUGAAGAAAAAGGAAGUUAGUGCAAAGGAAUAUCUGGUUCAUCUUAUUGAAUAACUAUAAGGUUUUCAUUGCAGCUUGCUAAAAAUGAGCUACUACAGACCAAGUUUCAGCCAAACAUUAGCCAUGUCACGAGGCAGGGGUGGAUAUUCACCUAGGGGAUCCUCCUACCGAGGACACAGUAGGGGUCACAGAGGCAGUUUCAAUUCGCCACGUGGAUUUUCUUCAUUCGAUUCUCGCUCUAAAUAUUCAUCCUCUGAGAGAUACUCAAGCUCACGAAACAGCAAAUUUGAAGAUUAUAGAAAACCCUUUCGAAGUGAUACAUAUUCUUCAAGAGACAGAUCACCUGAAAGAAAGAAGCCAAGGAUGGAGGGAUAUAGCUCUCGUCAUGACAACUCCUAUUCAAGUUCAGGAGGACGCUACGAAUCCAGUUUCACAGACCGCAGAAGUUAUUCUGGUGAAAGAUCAAUGUCAUAUCCCUCAAGAAAAGAAGAAUUUCGAAAACCUUCAGGUCCCCCCCGGGGAAGUUAUAGAGGCAGAGGAAAUUCAAGGGGCUCUAGAUUAUUGAGACCCAGAGAACGAAUGCCUCCUAGAAGGAGAAUGAUUGACAGUUCAUAUGGUAUUCGUAAACGAUUGCUUUCAUCUAGAGCAAAUGACUACAAUAGAAGACUUAAAAUUUCUAAGUUGAGGAGCGCAAUUGCUGAACGCCAUGCCAACAAAAGUGACGGUGAAGCUUCUGAUGGAGAAAACAAAAAAGAUUCCGAUAAAGAAGAAAAUGACGAUGAGAGUGAGAAGAAGAGCGUCAAGAAAGAGGAAACCGAAGAAAAAGAUCACGCGGAACAUAAGAAAAAGAGAUCCCUGAUCAAACUGGUUUGCCCUCAUUGCUUGUUACGGUACAUAACUUUCAGGAAGUAUGAAAUUCAUCUCGCCAGUAAAAAUCACAUGUACAUGAUGAGAAGAGUGGUGAUGAAGCAGAAGUCCAUUCUGAUGCAGAUGAGGCAAGCUCAAAGGAUCGCUCAAAAUGAACUUGAAAAGUCUUCUGGUGAAGAUUUGACCACCAGAACAAAUUUCUGUCCUGUCUGUCAGCUGAAUUAUAAACAGAAAAAAUCAGUCCACCAAGCCUCGGAAGCGCACAAAAACAUGAAGAAGUUUGUGAUGCCCUUCUGCAAAAUAUGCAGUAUCACCUUCAAGAAUCGCAUGGGAUACGAAAGCCAUUGUUGCUCUAUUGAACAUCUCAAGAGAAAACAACGUAUGGAGAAUGAGGCGUCUGAGGAUUCUAAUGAGGAAGCUGAUUUGGAAAAUUUCACCACCAUAGAUUCGGUUGGUGAUGUUGACGAGGAGGAGAAUGAGAAGAAGGAGGAAACUAAGGAGAUUUUGAAUGUGGGAAUUGAAAAUAUCCAAAAAGUUGAAGCUUAUUACUGUGAACUCUGUAAGACUUAUCUUCCUAAAGUUGAAGAGUCUGAAUGGCCAAAGGUAUUGGCAAAACAUUGCAAACUGUUAGGUCACAUGAAGAGAUAUGUUCAAUAUAAAGAAGAUAAGGAAUUGGAGGAUAAGGCCAAAAAGUUACAGAAAAAGGAAAUGGCUGAAAAGGAAGAGAAAGCCAAAAAAGCAAAAGACGACGAUCAAAGUAAAGAUGUUAACAAAUCUGUUAAAAGUAAUGCAGACGAAAGCGAUGUGCAGAAUAAAUCGAUUGACGAAGAUGAAAAUAAAGAUGACAAGAUGUGGGCUGAUGUUGAUAAAGAUUUGGGUGACAUAUUAGCUGAUGCUGAAGAUGAUGACGAAGAAGAGUCCAGUCUGAAGACAAAAGAAAGAUAUGACAGGUUCAAACUGAGUGAGAAAAAUGGAGAAGAAAAUAGCAAAGAUGAGAAAGAAGGUGAACCAGCAUCCAACGGACCAACUGAAGAUGUUAAGGAAGAUAGUUAAACAGUUGUUAGAUGUACUUUUUUAAAUAUCAUAAUUCCGAAUAUAAUGAUAUAAUAUGUGUGUAUUUUGAGUUGUUAUUGAAUCAUAUUCAAUUUAAUAGUAUGGACGUUAAUCUAUGUGAUUUGAUUUAUCGUAAAAUGAUGUUUCUUUGUCAUUCUAUAGGAGAAUCCCAAUAAAAGAUUAGUUGUA